AUGGGGGACCGCGAUAGGGGUAUCGAGGAGGGCAAUGAGGCGCUUGACCCUGAGCUGCUCUACACGAAGGAGUACUGCAUCGAUUUCCUAGGCGGAGGAAGCUUUGGCAAGGUUUACAAGGGAGUCGACAAGCGCACCGGCCAUGCCGUCGCUAUCAAGAUCAUCGACAUCGAAAGCGCCGAAGACGAGGUCGAAGACAUCAUCCAGGAGAUAGCCAUCCUGUCCGAGCUGCAGUCGCCUUACGUCACGAAAUACUACGGCUCCUACGCCAAGGGGGCCGAGCUAUGGAUUGUCAUGGAGUUCUGCUCUGGAGGGAGCUGCGCAGACCUGAUGAAGCCGGGCUUGAUAGGAGAGGACUACAUUGCCAUUAUUAUUCGCGAACUACUGCUCGGCCUCGACUAUCUGCACUCGGACAAGAAGCUGCAUCGUGACGUCAAAGCUGCGAACGUUCUCCUGAGCUCCAAUGGUCAGGUCAAGCUUGCCGAUUUUGGCGUCUCCGGACAGCUCUCUGCUACCAUGACCAAAAAGAACACCUUUGUCGGCACCCCUUUCUGGAUGGCGCCCGAGGUUAUUAAACAGUCGGGCUACGACCACAAGGCAGAUGUCUGGUCGCUCGGCAUUACUGCGCUGGAGCUUGCCAAUGGCGAACCACCCUAUGCCGACAUCCACCCCAUGAAGGUGCUGUUUCUGAUUCCCAAGAACCCGCCACCGCGCCUCGAGGGAAACUUUACAAAGGCGUUCAAGGACUUCAUCGAGGCGUGUCUGCAACGCGACCCGAAGGACCGGCCUACGGCGAAAGACUUACUGAAGCAUCCCUUUAUACGCCGCGCGAAGAAGACGAGCUACCUUACCGAGUUGAUCGAACGACACUCCCGGUGGGCCGCGACGCACAAGGGAGACGAUGAGGAGAGCGACCAAGGCGGUGAAGAGUAUUACGAACGUCAGCAGGUUGACGAGGACAUGUGGGACUUUGGUACCGUAAGGCUUGUGGGAGACCGUGGAGGUGUUGUUCCUCGCCCUGGGCUCGGCGCCCUGGACGAAUCAGCCACCAACGCUAGAGCCGCCAGGUCUAUGGAGAACACGGAUGACUACGGCGAGCGGUCAAGAGACAACAGCCCUACCAAGGUUCGUGACUUCGGUCGUGAUCUCGCCGUAGCCUCGGAUACCCUCAAGGCGGCAAGCGCCAAUACGGGGACGUCUCGCCAGGCAUCGCCGCAACGGAAACCGGUGCCGGCAAACGCACCCCAGUCGCCGGUCAAAGUACCUCUUCCCGUAUCGCCAGACAAAAUGCAGAGAGGCCCAGAGACGCCGCGGCCCGUUUCCCGGCUCAUUCCACCUGCCGUCCCAGUCAGUCAGUCUCCGGAUUACGACCGUGAACUGCAGGCCCAGUUGCAGAGAGACAUGGGCCUACUAAGUCUGGGCCCAGUAAUCCAGCCGGCGGAAUUACAGACCCAGGAGACGACGCCGCGACCCCCGCCUCACGGACCCCGACCUAACAACAAGAUCACACCCAUUACUCUCCCAGAGAUCCCACCAUACCGCGGAAGCCCGCAACCGCAGCAGGCACCGGUCAGGAUACCGAGCCAACCGCCUAAUGGGCAACAAUAUCGCCAGCCUUCUGGACAAGCGCCGGCUCCUCCACCCAAGGCGCAUGCGCUGCCUUCCAAGACGCAAACUCCCACACCAGAACCGGCAGCUCCUUCUGCGUUCCCUCCGCCUGCGCCAUCUAACCCGAAUGGGGAGCUCGACGCCCUCAACGAUGUCAUCUUCCCUGCGCUCGAAGAGGCGCUAAAGAGGAGACAAAUUAGAUUGCAGCAGGCUUUCCGGCCUCAACAUGGCUCGUCUAGCCCUGCCGCCAUGAAUCAGGUGACUCCCAAGCAACAGAGAGCGGAGGCGGCUCACGAGAAACUGCGGAAGCUCGUAUAUAAGCUCGCUCAUGUAUGCAAGGAGAUUGACCACUAUGAUAAGGCGGAGCCUGUGGGUAUGGGAAGGGAUGUGGGCACAUUUUUGGAGGGGCUUUUGGAGGAAAUUCUCGUCAGGGUUGAACCCCUCGACGAGGAGGAUGUUGCGGCGUGA